AUGGCACCAGAGCAGAUGUUGUUUGAAAUUUCGUGCAUUCAGUACUGCGGACCAGAAAAAAGUAACGAGACUGAGACUAACACUGUCAAAGCUCACGUGUUCCCGCGCCCAAUGAGGCUUUGUUCCGGUGAAGAGAAACCGCCUAUACCAUCGUCAUGCAUGGAUUCAGAACGGAUACCAGGAGCAAUGGAUAAAGGAACUAAUAGUUGA